AGAAUGAACCUUGCGCAGAAUGUCAGCCACUUCAAGAAACUCCCUUUUCCAUUCCAUGCUAUUCAUAAGAUGAUUAAAAGAGGCAUGUCAAAACAGCAUUUCACAUAUCAUCCGUGUGAGGCGCCAGCGAAUAGUGGUGAAACAAAAUCAAUGAAUCUAUUUCAAUCCGUCGGUAAUGCUAUUGAGCUAACACUAACUAAUAAACCAAAUUCUGUACUAUUCGGUGAAGAUGUUGGUUUCGGUGGAGUAUUUCGAUGUUCACUUGGACUUCAAGAAAAGUUUGGCAAUUCUCGUGUAUUCAAUACGCCGUUAAGUGAACAAGCACUCAUCGGUUUCGGUAUAGGCUUAGCAGCUAUGGGAACAACAGCGAUAGCAGAAAUACAAUUUGCUGAUUAUAUUUAUCCAGCUUUUGAUCAAAUUUGUAAUGAAGCAGCGAAAUUUCGUUAUCGUUCGGGUAAUAUGUUUAAUUGUGGAGCACUGACAAUAAGAACACCAUGCGGUGCUGUUGGACACGGUGGUUUGUAUCAUUCACAAAGUCCGGAGGGGUUUUUCGGUCAUAUUACAGGUAUAAAGGUUGUAUUUCCCCGUGGUCCUGUUCAAGCGAAGGGUUUGCUAUUAUCAUGCAUAGAAGAAGAAGAUCCGUGUGUAUUUUUUGAACCAAAAAUAUUAUACCGUUCUGCAGUUGAAGAAGUUCCAACUGGUCAUUUUCUAAUACCUUUGGAGACUGCUGAAGUAGUUAGAGAAGGAAAAGAUGUCACAUUCAUAGCUUGGGGUACACAAGUACACGUAGCAUUAGAUGUAGCCAAUGAAGCAGCAGAGCAAUUGAAUAUAUCCUGUGAAGUUAUCGAUCUUAGAACAAUUAUCCCAUGGGAUGAAGAGACAGUUUAUCAAAUCUGAACAGCGCAAUUUCAAGUUGUAUCAUCAAAACAAAGAAAAUAUUCUUCUUCUUGUUUACUUUGUGUUUUUCUUUCCUGUUUAACAUGAAUCUUUGUUUCUAUGGAAAAAAACACACAGUCAGUGCGUAAAACAGGUCGUUGUGUAAUAACGCAUGAAGCUCCAUUGACUUGCGGUUUUGGUGCUGAAUUAGCUGCUUCUAUACAGGAUAAUUGUUUCCUGUAUCUAGAAGCACCAGUACAACGUAUCACCGGCAUGGAUACACCAUUCCCUCACAUCUUUGAACAAUUCUACAUACCAGACAAGUUACGAUGUCUAGAAGCUGUAAAAAAAGUUAUUCAUUACUAGAAAUUUAUGCGAUAAAAUGAAUUGAAAAAAACAACAACUGUAUCACUGACUACUUACAAUUUAUUGAGUACUAUGCUUAAACAGAUGAAAUAAAGAAUAUUUCAUUUAUGAUUAUCUUAAUU